AUGACCUUCGAAUAUAUGAGCAUCGAGCUUUGCAGCGUCUCUCAGAAACGGCUGCCAAAUCUCAAACGACGAAUUUUCGAUGCUUUGAACGGCCAGCUCAAAGGAGAUGAUAACGAGUCAAUACCUAUCCCUACCGUCUUUGACCUAUUCGAUUUCCUUGGCCCGGAGGCGCAGUGGGAUAUAGAGCCUCCUACUUUUAAUUACUACCGAGAUCUUGACCUGCGAACAUGCCUAGAUGAAGAUGAGGAUUCGGUCGCAACUUAUGAUAUCGACAAGGUUAGAGAGAUUCUACUGUUGAAGCGGAAUGAGGGUCGUAGCUCGGGACAAGUCAUCUCGAAAGAGGAUGCGGAAGCUAUUGACAAGGAGGAGACCCUUCUGCUUCAAUACCUUGCCUUCUCGAACCGACAGAGACAUAUGAAUUCCUACCGUCUUAAGGUUCUCAAGUCCUGGACAAACCUACUCCUUGUCAUGUUCGAGUCGAACGAAUUCCAGGGUAGUGCCAGGGUUUCGUUUCUUCUCCAAGCUCUUCAGGCGGCCCUUCCAAGCCUGGAGAGUUAUGGCUCCGACAGCCCAGAUGAGGCACUUGAGCUCGCCAAGCUCGCCAAGAUGCUCCUUUUCAAAAUGGAUUUCUCUCUCACGGCGUCCGACGAGAGCAGUCACACAGUUGGCAACCUCAUCAGCGAUAAACUCUUCCAGGUCUUCCAAAUUUGCCUCCAAGCCAUCGGCAAGUGGGCAGGGAACUCCGAGUUGCGGUCCAUAUACUACGCCAUCUGCUAUCGAUAUCUGACUGGCAUCGUAGACAAAGGCUCAGGGUUUCUCCCCGGCCGGCAGAAGACUAUCAAGUCUGUCCAGCUGUAUGGCGAGAGGUUGCUCAAUGUCAUCUCUGAUGAUGCCUACGGGAGCGAUCCGCAGUGCCAGACUGCGGCUCUCAUUGUUCUAGGGGCGUUCGUCAACCUGGGCCGAGCUGAGGAGGACCCCUAUGUCGUGAACACCCUUAACAAGUUGAAUGUCAUCGGCGUACUCGUAGACUCCCUAAAGUCAGUCCUACAAGAAUGGCUGGAAAUCGUCCAGACAAACAAUCUUGACCACCAGCUCUAUUGGGAUGCCAAGCUCUCACUUCUGCUCCAGCUCUGCCAGACCCGAGACGGCGCAAAAUACGUGUUGCACGCAAAUCUAUUCCGCUCUCUCGAGGUCUCUGGUCUAUUCUCUGCCGACCCGGAGCUUGAAAUCGACCCCGCCAACACCGUCGCUCUCGAGAAGCACUACACCAUCCUCGUGCGGGUGGCGCGCAUCAUCGGCGCGGCCAUCCUGUCUCGCGGCUCCCACAACGUCGUCCAGGGCCGCCGCUUCCUGACGGACCACCGCAUGCUCGUGAUGCACGUGCUCAAGCGCAGCGCGGGCAUCGGCGCCGGCCACAUGAGCAGGACCCUCGAGGACAGGGUCGAGGAGCUGGCCGACGCAUUCAUGGUGCUCAUCACCGCUACUGACUUCUUGGAGUUCGAGGAACAGCAAGCCCCGGUAGAGAAACCGAGGACGCCUCUUCUCUUCCACUAA